UCAAGAACAUUUUUUCCUGACCAAAGAAUUAGAAGCCUGUUGAGUUGUGGACUUUUGGGAUUUUGAAGCGAGUGUAGAGAUUGUAGCACUUCUUGCCGUGUUCUUCAUCUUUGGUCGCAGAGCAGGACGUCAUGUCGGAGAGAUACAGCUUCAGUUUAACGACAUUUAGUCCUUCUGGAAAGCUAGUUCAAAUUGAGUAUGCAUUAGCCGCGGUCAGCGGGGGCCAGCCGUCAAUUGGCAUUAAAGCUACUAAUGGCGUGGUCCUAGCCGUAGAUAAGAAACAGCAGUCAUUCUUGUAUGACACAUCAAGCCUUAGCAAGAUUGAGCGUGUCACUGAUAACAUCGGUAUGGUGUUCAGUGGAAUGACAGCUGACUACAGAUUGCUGCUGAAGCAGGCACGCAAGGUUGCGCAGCGCUACUUUCUCGUCUACAAGGAGUCCAUCCCGUGCACCAUGUUAGUACAGGACGUCGCCAAGGUCAUGCAGGAAUACACUCAGCAAGGCGGUGUUCGGCCAUUUGGUGUAUCGCUUUUGAUUGCGGGACUGGAUCAGGGUACACCUAUGCUCUACCAGUGUGAUCCUUCUGGUGCUUUCUUUGCUUGGAAAGCAACGGCAAUGGGCAAGAACUGCAACAGUGGAAAGACUUUCCUUGAGAAGAGGUAUAGCGACGAACUGGAACUGGAGGAUGCCAUCCAUACAGCAAUUCUUACACUGAAGGAAAGCUUUGAAGGCCAGAUGACUGAGGAGAACAUUGAGGUCGGUAUCGUAAACGCUGAUGGCUUCCGUCGCCUAACCACGGCCGAGGUAAAAGACUACCUUGCCCUGGUCUUGCAAUAGGCACUCCCACCAACCAGCGCCACCACUGCUCCAUCGCUACAACCAUCAUCAUCAGUAGCAGCCAUGGUGGCGGCAACAUUGGCUUGCUGUUAUUGUUCCUGUCCAUAGCUCAUGCUCCUCUCAUUCCCACUCUGUACAUAGCUUCAUUUUUUUAUUGCUGUUCUUUUUGCUUGUAAAGUUUUUACUGUAUGCAGUAUGUAUGUUAUGAUCAUUGCCUAUAUCUUGCAUACUGACUUAUGGUAUGCUGGCAGUGUUCAAUGCUUUUCGAAAUAAUGCACCAAACUCUAGAUUGUGCACGGUAAAUGUGUACUUCAAAGUAGCCCCGUGAAGUGCCUGUAUGCUAGCCAGAGUUUGUGCGGGCUCUUGCUGCUAUUGCUCAUGGCCUUCAUGUAUAUUGUUGAUUUAUGCGGUAAAUAAAAGAUGAUCUGGAAACAAGGUA